AUGAUUUGUUUGAGGUACUUUAAACCAUCUUAUCUAACUCUUGUCGAGAAUGGUGUACCACAAGGUAUGUGCCUGUUACUUUUACCAGAAAGUUCUCCUGCGCUCUACAAAUGGAAACAGCAUUGUGGAAGAUCCAAAUCCGGAAUAGAGUUCUUCUCUCCCUCGCUUCUCCGCUCUUCGAUAUCUAAUCUCAUCACUCGAUUACUAUCAGAGUUGCGCUCGCUUCGAGCUGAGCGCGGUCUACCCGAGAGCGAGUUACAAAUCUCGAACACUUCGAGUGAUAAGGCGUUAUCGUUGACUAUACGUUUCCGUCAGGUUCACUGUACAGUGGAGCUACUUCCAGCUGUUGAGUGUACGGGAGUGUGGCCGAGCUAUGCAAGACCCGGCCCCUGGCCCACAUCCGGGUCGGGCAUCUCGCCUCAUGGUGUACAUGUCGUUGCUAAGCAUUCUGGAGGCGGCUAUCAAUGGAGAAUCUGGUUCUGUCAUGCAGAGCGCCACGUGCUUCAGUUUUCAAACCACAAGUGCAAACUGGAAUGCUUUCGUCUCAUGAAGAAAGUCGUUUUCGGUGAGCUUGGUUGCACUUUCUUGACAUCGUACCAUCUUCUUACAAUGUUGCUGCAUGAGAGCGCUCGCCUGGCGGGUAACAAUAACUGGGCAGACUGCAGAUUAAAGGAGCGUGUUUAUGACACUUUGGUCUACCUACAUCGCUGCUUGGUGCAUGGAGAGUGUUCGCAUUUCUUUGUACCGACUUUGAAUCUAUUUAGCCAUCUGAGUGUGAGUGCUAUGAGGGAGUUCGCCGAACGCCUCUUAAAAUAUAACAAAAAGGCCGCGAGGGAAUAUGGGAAGACAAACUUGUACGAAGAUGUGCCAGAGGAAGAUGUCAUAACGGUCAUAGAGACCUGGCUUUGA